AUGUCAUACUUUAUUAAUAUCAAUGGCAGUCCUGCUAUUCCAUUUGAUACAAGAAGGGGUGUGAGACAGAGAGAUCCUAUGUCUCCAUUGCUAUUUGUCUUAGCAAUGGAAUACUUGACCAGUAGUUUGAAGAACUUAAAGGAUCAACCUAACUUCAACUACCACCCAAGGUGUGAAAAAUUGAGUAUUAUCCAACUCAGUUUUGCUGAUGACUUACUACUUUUCUGCCGAGGAGAUAGGGUGUUUGUGCAGUUACUAUAUGAGUGUUUCAAUAGCUUUUCACAAGCUUCAGGCUUAGUGGCAAAUCAGAACAAGAGCAGCAUAUAUUUUGGAGGUGUUUCAAAUGUAGUACAACAGGAGAUUACUCAAAUAACAGGGUUAACACAGAUUUUCCCUUUGCCAAAGAAGAUCAUUCAACAGGUUGAAGGCAUUUGUAGGAAGUUCCUAUGGACUGGUGAUACUAGUUCGAGCAAGAAGGCUUUAGUGGCAUAG